UUUUGUCCGUGCCUUUUCAGAGCGUCUCUGCAUUUGCAGUUAUGGCGGAGCCUUCAUCGCAGAGAGAUGAAGAUGAGUGGCAAGAAUUCAACGCGUUCAAGGACGGAACACAACGGAAUAAUACUCUCCUGGAGCGCGUUCACGUGAACACUGAAGAGAUGUCGCUGUUUCUGGAUGGAAUUUCAGACAGCGGGAGCGCGCUUGAGAACGAGAUCAUCAAACACUUCGACGAGAAGUUACGAUUAUGCUUCCAAAAUGUAGACUCUAAACCGGACGCAAUCUAUCCAGUGACGCCAAUAAAUGAGGAUACGAGCCUGAAAUGUGAUGAGAUCUGGAAUGCUCUCACGGACAACUAUAGCAACGUCAAGCCAGUGGACUGGAAUCAGUCUAGAGUCCGAUCACUUCACCUCUCAACGCUGAGCCUUGAGGACAGACCGCGGGUGGAGGCUGUGAACCUGGAUCUGUCUGACGAUGAGGAGCUGAGGGAGCAGAUGGACAUGCACUCCAUCAUCGUGUCCAGCAUCAUCGAGGAGCCGCUGCUCACCGCGGAACAGGUUAUUGAGGAGAUAGAGGAGCUGAUGCAGGACUCACCAGAGAUGGUCUCGGAGCAGAAAGCUUCACACUCAUUCAUCUCUCAGGAGAGCCACAGAUCUCACAGCAUCCAGAUCUACGAGGACAGAGUGAAGCUGAUGUGUGUCGAGGAGCUGAGCGAUGAGCUGGAGGACGUGGAGACGCUCAUACGGGGAUAUUCAGAGGAGCUGGUCCAGCAUCUGGCCAUGAGGGACGAGCUGGAGUUUGAGAAGGAGGUGAAGAACAGCUUCAUCUCGGUUCUCAUCGACGUACAGAACCGACAGAAGGUGCAGCGAGAGAUGCUGAAGAAGAAGAGGAGGGUGAGGAGCGUGUCUGGGUCGGAGAGGUUGCCGUCUUCUCGCUUCAGCAUGGAGGGCAUCUCUACUGCCAUUCAGAAUGGUUUCCGGCACACUUUUAGGAACGGGGGCGGUGAGAAACAGUAUGUAACAACGGUAAUCCCGUACGAGAGGAAAGACGAGCCGCCGUCAGUCCAAGACCUGCAGAUUUUUACCAAAAUUUUAGAAGCCAUGAGGGAUGACAGUGAUAAAGUCCCAAGCCUCCUCACAGACUACAUCCUCAAAGUGCUCUGUCCCACCUAGAGAGAGGAUCACCACUUCAGUCUUCAGGAUUGCGUUGACGGUGUUCCUCAGAUUUGACCUUCUCACUGUCAGUCGAUCGAUGCACGAUGUGUUUGACUUCAGUUCUUCUGUGCUGACGUGUCGGACUGUAUUUUGCAUGUUUUACCUCACAGUUUGCAGUAUUCUGUGUUUGUGUGUUUGCAGGUUUGCUGUGUGUGUGUUUAGUGAUUGGAGGACAAAUGCAGAUCUGGAUUUUAGGGCUCGUCUCGAUGUAAAUGUCGGUAUCCACCUUAUUCUGCGCUA